AUGCCGGAAGCGUCUCUGGCGGCCCUCCAGCAGAUUUGUCUGGCAGGCAUAAGCAAUGCGAUUGCUGCCUGCUUCACAAAUCCGGUUGAUGUGAUCAAGGUACGCGUGCAGCUGGCAGGCGUCUCGCAAAUCACAAGCUGCAAUGCCCAGACCGUCGCAAGUGCCGGCCGCAAAUUGCUGCAGCAGGAAGGUUUACGAGGCUUGCAACGAGGCCUCCAGCCAUCAGUUCUGCGCGAGUUGUCGUACAGCGGCAUGCGCAUGGGACUCUACGAGCCCGUGCGGGAGACGCUGGCAGGUCUAGGUCAGCAGGAGAGGAGACAAACAACUUCUCCACUUGCGGUGAAAAUUACGGCAGGGGCAAUCACAGGUGCUGUGGGCUCUAUCAUUGCGAAUCCCUUUGACUUGCUCAAGGUGCGAAUGCAAGGAGGAGACCCGCAUCAAGCUCAAGCUUCCGUGCGCAGCGCCGUGUAUGCCAUGAUCCAGGAUGCUGGAGUUCGUGGGCUUUGGCGUGGAGCUGGCCCAACUGUGCAGAGGGCGACCUUGUUGACAGCUUCGCAGGUGCCGAGCUAUGACCAUGCAAAACACACUCUCCUUGAUUUAGGCUUUGUGCGCGAGGGCUACCUGUGCCACUUCGCGUGCAGCAUGCUGGCUGGAGUUGUAGCUGCUGCAGUUACCAGUCCGGUGGAUUUGGCAAAGAGUCGGAUUAUGUCGCAGCCGCUGGAUCCAAAGACGCGCCGUGGUGCAUUGUACAGGAGCACCGUUGAUUGUUUGGCGAAGACAGCAGCUGCCGAAGGUGUUGGAGCCUGGUUUCGUGGCUUCAGCAUGCAGUGGAUGAGGCUUGGACCCCACACUACUAUCUCUUUAAUGUGCUUCGAGCAACUACGUCGUCUAGCUGGAAUGAGUUUUCUUUAG